AUGACACAACAUGUUGAAGGUGCACAUUCAGCUAUGAAGCAUGCUAUCGAGACUUCUGGAAGUUUAACGAAAUCCUUUAAUUCACUAAACAGAUGGUUACAUUUGCAUCAUGAAGAGAGGUUAUUGCAAUAUGAGAAUGAAAGUAUAAAUAUUGAUCUUUUAUUAACAUUGGAUGACAAGAAUCGACUGAAACCACUUUUAGGAAAGGUAGCUCAAUUUGCUUUGAAUAAAAUCAAGCAUGAGCUUCUUAAAGUGACUACGUACAAGGCUUGUUUAUGUGAAUUACAGGUCAAUUAUAAUAUACCCUGUCGACAUAUGCUUCCAAUUAAAGGGUCAUUCUUCUGGAACCAAAUGACUACCGAUUGCAUUAGAACUUAUGGAAGCAGGGUGAAAAAAAAGAAGAAAACUGAUGAUAUUAGAAAAAAGCAAAUUGAAGAUAUCAAUUCUCAACAAAAUGCUUUGACAGCUUAUAUUGAAG